GGCCGAGCAGCAGAGGCGGCGGUGGAGGCGGCACCGGCAAGAUGAGCGGAUCGCAGAGCAAUGAUACCAAAAGACAGUUUCUACUAGAGCGGCUGCUGGAUGCUGUUAAACAGUGCCAGAUCCGCUUUGGAGGGAGAAAGGAAAUAGCAUCAGAUUCAGAUAGCAGAGUGACUUGUCUGUGUGCCCAGUUUGAAUCUGUGUUACAGCAUGGCUUGAAGAGGAGUCGUGGAUUAGCAUUAACAGCAGCAGCAAUCAAACAGGCAGCAGGAUUCUCUAGCAAGACAGAGACAGAGCCUGUAUUUUGGUACUAUGUGAAGGAAGUCCUGAAUAAGCAUGAACUACAGCGCUUCUACUCUCUGAGAAACAUCAACUCAGAUGUGGGAAGAGGGCGGGCUUGGCUGCGUUGCGCCCUCAACGAACAUUCCUUGGAGCGCUACAUCCACAUGCUGCUGGCUGACAAAAUUAGAUUGAGCAUUUUCUAUGAAGAGUGGGCCUUUGUGAUGGAUGAAGAACGGUCUAGCAUGCUUCCUACCAUGGCAGCUGGUCUGAAUUCUAUACUCUUUGCAAUCAAUAUCGACAACAAGGACCUGAAUGGACAGAGUAAGUACACUCCAACUGUCUCUGACCUCCUAAAGGAAUCUACUCAAAAUGUGACCUCCUUGCUGAAAGAAUCCACCCAGGGUGUGAGCAGCCUUCUUCGAGAGAUCACAGCAUCUACUGCUGUCUCCAUCCUAAUUAAACCAGACCAGGAAUCUGACCCUUUACCAGUUGUAUCCAGGAAUGUCAAUACUGAUGCAAAAUGUAAAAAGGAUAGGAAAAAGAAAAAGAAGGUGACUAAUAUAAUUUCAUUUGAUGAUGAAGAAGAUGAGCAGACCUUGGGGGACGUUUUUAAAAAGACGGGCGGAGCGGGGGAAAGCUCGGAAGAAAACUCGGAUCGAUCAUCAGUUAACAUCACGGCUGCUUUUGAAAGCCCCUUUGGGCCAAACUCUAACGGAAGCCAGAGUAGCAGCUCUUGGAAAGUUGAUUCCGUGUGCUUUAAUGGGGAGUACGGGUACCAGAAGCUGGACGUGAAGAGUAUCGAUGAUGAAGAUAUUGAUGAAAAUGAAGACGAAGUUUAUGGAAAACCACUUGGGCAGAGAAGCAUGGACAGUCACACAGAGGCUUCUGAGAAGCCCCUGGAUGGCAACACCUGCCUUUCACAAAUGCACAGCUGGGCUCCCCUGCAGGUGCUUCAUGGUGAUUCUGAUGUCCUUUUUCCUCUCAGUGGAGUGGGAUCUUAUGCCCCAGCAGAUGCCACCUUAAAUAACCUGGAGAAUGGCAGUGGACCCCAGAGCAGCAUUCUCACUGGCCCUGAACUUCAAUACAGUGUGGAAGCCAGUCCUCCAGUCCAAGGGAGUCCUUUAAACAGCCUCUUGCCUUCCACACCUGUGCCAGAAUCAAUGACAAUUAAUGAACUGCGUCAAGCUAUUGUGGCUAUGAUGAAUAGAAAGGAUGAACUGGAAGAAGAAAACAGAUCAUUGCGGAACCUGCUUGAUGGAGAAAUGGAACAUUCGGCAGUGCUCAGGCAAGAAAUUGACAACUUGAAACGAAAAGUGUCAGAACAGGAGGAGCGCCAUGUAGCAAAGAUCCAGGCAUUGGCAAGAGAAAAUGAAGUGCUGAAAGUACAACUGAAGAAGUACGUAGGAGCUGUCCAGAUGCUGAAAAGAGAAGGACAAACUGCUGAAGUUGUGCCAAACCUUUGGAACAUUGAUGGAGAAGUUACGGUCCCUGAGCAAAAGCCUGUAGAAGUCAGUGAGGAACUAGCAAGCUCCUAUGAAAGAAAGCUCAUAGAGGUGGCAGAAAUGCAUGGAGAACUUAUUGAGUUCAAUGAACGACUACACCGAGCUCUGAUUGCUAAGGAAGCUCUUGUAUCCCAGAUGAGACAAGAACUCAUUGAUCUUCGAGGACCAGUACCUGGAGAUUUGAGUCAAACAUCUGAAGACCAAAGUUUGUCAGAUUUUGAAAUAUCAAACCGAGCUCUGAUAAAUGUCUGGAUUCCCUCUGUUUUUCUUCGGGGGAAGGCUGCUAAUGCAUUCCAUGUAUAUCAGGUCUAUAUCAGGAUAAAGGAUGAUGAAUGGAAUGUAUAUAGAAGAUACGCAGAAUUCAGGAGUUUGCAUCACAAGUUACAGAACAGAUAUCCUCAAGUGAGGGCCUACAGUUUCCCACCUAAAAAGGCCAUUGGAAAUAAGGAUGCAAAGUUUGUAGAGGAGAGACGAAAACAACUACAGAAUUACUUAAGAAAUGUUAUGAACAAAAUAAUCCAGGCUGUCCCAGAAUUUGCAGCCAGUCCCAAAAAAGAGACUCUUAUUCAAUUGAUGCCCUUUUUCAUUGACAUCGCGCCUCCUGGAGAACCAGUAAGCAAAACCAGUCGGACCAGAGUGGCUUCCCGCUUCCCCAAGUUAUCCCGGAACUAUCCAAGAGAGCCCCGCAAUGUGGAACCACAGAGUGGCGACCUCUGAUCUUUUUGCAGUCUCCCAGAUGCCGGUGCUGUGUACUUUUCAAACUGGCCCAGUGCUUCUGACCUGUCUGAGGCAGCUGGCUCCUUAGCCUCAGAGGAAAAAUCAGUCAUGCUACAUUAACCCUGGAAAAAGGACACCUUCCACACCAUGGUUUCUCACUCUGAUUAAACAGGUCACCCAGAAGGCAGCACGUGCUCAUUGUCCUAAAGAAAAAGGCUCCUCACCUGGAGAUGCAGUAGCUUGGUAACUGAUUUCCCCUUGGCUGCUGCCUUUUUGCAUUCAAAUUUUCCCAGCUGUGUCUUAAGGCAGUCUGAGAUUCACUGCCCUUGGCCUCUUGCAAGAGACACCUGAUGCAGCCCGUGGGAGGUGCAAGGAGCACCAGGUCAAGAGACCAGAUGCCUUUGUUUUUGAGGCGCACAACUGAGAUUUUUCAGUUCUUCAGAAAGCUAUGAUUGAAAACAACCUCUGACUUUUUCCUUUGGGGGGAAAUAGGAUGACUGUUAUUUUGUUUUUUCUAUGUAACUGUCUGCUACUACCCAGACUCCUCACUAUCAUUUGGGGGCUCUCUACGUAUGUUAAAAAAAUACAGCAAGCGGUAUAGUACAAGUGACCCAAAUAGCUAUUUCCAGGCAUCUCUUUCCUCAUGAUAUGUUCCCCAUGACUCCUUUGGGGAAGAGCCUAGUAAGUCCGAGAUUUCAUUGCUUUUUAUUUUUAUUUUUAAAGCAACUCCUUUGUUUUUGCCACAGGAGAGGGGACAGCACUAAAUACACAGGUCCUUUCCUAAAUAAGACUGAACAGUUUAAUAAGAAAGUUAAUGCCAAGGUAAUCCAGUCUUGAAUGGAAUUCUGAGCUUUUUGUUAGGUCCCAUGACAGGUUGUCAACUUGGCAGUUACAGAAAUCCCCUACAUUAAAACUGGAGGCUGUUUGGGCAUUCUUUUGUCAUUCAACAUAUAAAAUGGGUUAGAAGUGGCAAAAAAGACCUACUAGUCUUUACCUUUGUAGAAGAAGAAUGUCUUGUGCCUUAGGGUAACUAAGAAGCUGAAAAAAUCAGUUAGGGGUGGAGUUCCUGGACUUGCUUGCUGUGCUGCUCAUCUCACUGGCUAUUUCAGAUGAGUUCUGACCUAAGUAUUUUUGGCCCUCAUUAUUCACCCUUCUCCCCACCCUCCCCCCCAAUCAUGUUUUUCCCCCUCUUUUCUUAAAUGUAGAUAUUUAUGGUAGAUUUUCUGCUGCCAUAUUUUCAUUUGGCGAGCCUCCCUGUUUCCCCAUCAUUGGACCAUUCAGUUUAGAUAUCAUAUCAGAUUUGGGGGUGGGGGUGGGGGGGCAUUAACUCCAAAGUGAUAUCACCUAUCUGGAAUUUGGGAAGAAAGAUAAGAAUUUUAUAUAACCUCAACAGUUAGGAAAAAGGACCAAAAACAAGGAAAUGUAACUCCCAUCAACCAAACAUAACAUUAGUGUCAUGGUGCUCUGUAUUUAAGUGAUUCAGCCUCAUAAUGCCGUGAGUUAAGCUGAUGCCAAAAUACACAAGGAAUAAGUCAGUACAUCCCAACAAAAUCGUGAAAUGAUCCUCCCACUGUCUUCCAUAGCCACUGAGAUCAAUGUUAAGCUAGAAGUUUCAGAAAUUAGAGAUGGCUGAGGAGAACAGAAUGGGCUGGAAAACAGAUUGUAUGAAGAAAGGUGAAUAGAUAGAUAGUGUAAUAAUCAUGUAAAAAUAUGGGGAUGGUAAUUAUUAAAAGACUAGCCCUGCACUCAGUCUGUAGCCAGUUUGAACUGUAGUCAAUCAGUCAAUAAACUUUUAUUAAAUGUCUAGUAUGUGCCAGGAGGCAAGAUUUAGGAGAAACCUCCACCUGCUCAUAGAGGCUCCUUCUUUGUAUCACUACUAGGUAUUUCCCAGGGGGCACAUUGGGUCUCUUUCCUCCGUAACUUUAAAAAAAUAAUCAUUUGGGAUAGUUUUAUUGUUGUCCUGGAUCGAGGCAAUAAGUAACAAUUAUAGGAACCCUCAAUUCAAGUGAUUCAUAUAGGUUUGAAUUAAAGUAUAAAGAAGAAAUUAAAGCUUAGAUUUAAUUAAUAAAUCAAAAAACUAGAACCUGUGAAGAAAAGACAGACUAUAAAGAAGGAGGGGAAUGGGGGCAGGGCAAGGAAAGAGACAGAACCCAAGCUUAUCCUUGAAACGAAAUAUUGUCUCAGUUCCCCACCAUCUUAUCUUCCCUUGCAAUAUCUGUAGCACAUCACACAGCAGGAGAGCCCCAGGGGCCACUUAUCGGAAACACCAGGAGUCUCUGAAUAGCCAAUCAUAGGAAUAUUUGUUCCUAGUACUCUAUGGAAGGUCCCUUUGAACAUCUAGCCUUGAAUAUAUCUAUAAGUUAAAUAAACAGAAAAUUUAAAAGCCAAAAUGACCCUGUACCUCUAAGUCUUGUCUUUGGUUUACUGUAUAUUGGUUAUUUUGAAGUUUUUCUCUGUUAAAAAAUUGAUGGCUGUGUUCAGAAACUCCACUUUUUUUAAUGUUUCAAGUGGU